AUGGAAACAGCACAUUUGAAUAAGGAAAUUGCUAGUUGUGUUAAGGCUGCUGUUCGAGUUCGUCCGUUAGCAAAUAAUGAGCAACAAGAUUUAUGUCAAACUUGUGUUGAAGUUCAACGAAGUACCAAUGAAAUAAUUUUAGCUAAUAGUUCAGCGUUUACAUUUGAUCACGUUUUUCUACCCUCAACAAACCAAGAAGAUAUCUAUCGUGAAUGUGUACACGAUAUGAUCGAAGGAUGUUUUCAAGGUUAUAGUGCAUCUAUACUCGCCUAUGGACAAACCGGUUCUGGUAAAACGUUCACAAUGGGUAGCGGAAUUGAAUAUAUGGAUCCGUCGAAGGAAGGUAUUUUACCUCGUGCUAUUAUGCACAUUUUUCAACGAUGUGCAAGUUAUGAACGUGAAGCAGAAGCGAAAGGAAUUAUGGUACCGAAAUGUGUUGUAUCAUGCCAAUUUAUUGAGAUUUAUAACGAAAAUAUUUAUGAUUUGUUCAACAAGGAAAACAAUGAUUUUCGUUCACAAAAAAAUACUGAUAAACAUGUAGUAUUCGAAAACAGUAAUGGAGAAAUAUCAGUUACAAAUAUCAACACACGAUUUGUUACCACUGCACAUGAAACACUAAAUUGUUUACGAGAAGGCGCACUAAGUCGAACGACAGCAUCAACACGUAUGAACAGUGUAUCUAGUCGAUCCCAUGCCAUUUUUACUGUCAAUUUACAAUUCGAACGCGUGAUACCAUCGACACCAGCAUCGACACCGAAUCCAAGUUUACGUGAACAAAUUCGUGCAAAGAUUCAUUUCGUUGACUUGGCUGGCUCGGAAAGUUUAAAACGAACAGGAGCCACUGGCCAACGCGCCAAAGAAGGCAUCAGUAUCAAUAGUGGUUUGCUUGUUCUCGGCAAUGUUAUCUCAAUCCUAGGCGAUCCAUUGAAAAAAGCAGCACAUGUACCAUAUCGGGAUUCCAAAUUAACACGUCUAUUACAGGAUUCUCUAGGUGGAAACAGUCGAACAUUGAUGAUCGCAUGUGUAUCACCCGUUGAUCGAGAUUUUUCUGAAACCAAAAGCACUCUUAAUUAUGCUCAACGCGCACGUAACAUACGCAAUCGUGUGAAAGUCAAUCAAGAUAAACACAGUCGACAAAUUAUUCAAUUGCAAAUGGAAAUCGAACGCCUACGUUCAUUAGUCGACAAAAAUGAACAUUUAGCAUCGGGAGAGUUCGAUCAAGCGAGUACAAGUGCAUUAAAUCAAGAAUUAGAACGUAUACGUUCUUAUGUGUACACGAUCCAACGAUCGAUCAAUGAAACAAAUACGGUCUCACAAGCAUUAAAACAUGAUUUAGAAGUAGUUCGCGAUCAUCGACAAACAAACGAGAUGGUAAUUGAUUACGAUCACAUGAUCAGCGAAUGUUUAACAAAGAGUGAUGAAAUUCAAUCGCGUUUAUCACGAAUGAACGACGUUAGCAGCAUUCUUCGAAAACGUAGUCCGAUAUCUAAUCGUCGAAAAAGUCGCCUAUCAAUACGAUCGAUUUCAGCUGAUCAACCCUUAUCGCUUGAACUUAAUCAAACUAAUUUGGGUUCCGAUGAUCUACAGCCGUGUAUUGAAGACAUUCGUUUAGAAAUCGAUCGAUUACGGCGUGAGGAGCAAUCACUAAGACAAAAUCAUUCAGCGAAACCGCAUCGUCUUGGUUUUAGUACCAUUCCUGGUUCUCCUCAAGAGCCUCAUGAAAUGCCAUCGCAACGGAGAACUGAACCUAUCUAUGCUUUAUCAAGCAAUCCGUCGUCCGAUCCACUUGACAGUCGAUCGAAUAUGCCAACAAUUGAAGAACAAGAUAAUAUCAUGAAUAGCGAAGAUGACGAUGAACCAGUUCAAACACCUUUGGAAGAUGAUGUUCAAGCAGAAUCUGAUACUCAGGAAGAGAAAUUAGUGAUAAUCACCAGCGAAAUCAAUACGAAACAGAAAUGUCUCGAAAUGCUCGAAAACGCACGUCAACGCAGCGAUGCGGUACGUCAACGGUACGAAGAGCGUAUCAAACUCCUCUCUGACCGUAUUCAACAUGCUGAAGAUGAAAAACAAGCUGCUGUGGCGAAAUUGAACACAGCUGCGCGUGACCAGCAUAAUGUUGAAGAUUUAAAAUCAGCCCGGCGUGAUUAUGAAGAGAAGAUCCGUCGUUUAGAAAUCGAAAAUAAUGAAUUAUCAGCAUUACGUGCACAAUAUGCUGUUUGUUUGAAGGACGGAGAAUAUUACAAAAAAGAAUUAGCGAAGCAUAAUAAUGAAUUGAAAGAUUUACGGAAGGUGAAAGUGCAGCUUACUCGCGAAAUCAGACAAGAAUUCCUUCGACAUAAACAAGCUGAACAAGCUAAAGCUAGAGAAAUAGCAACACUGAAACGAACACAAAUGCAAAAAGACAACGAAAUCCGAUCACUACGAGCUAAACAUAAACAAAAAGAAAUGAUACUCAAACGUAAACAAGAAGAAGUACAUUUACUACGGCGUCAUAUGCGUUCGACUCGAGUACGCAAGACUACGAAAGAAAUGAGUGAUCAUUUCGCUGCUAUUCAACAAGGCAUAACAAAUGCGAUUCGCCGUCGAAAGCUUAUCUCGGGUAUCAAUCGUGACAUGAGUUCGUUAAUCGAAAAUCGUGAAUGUGCGAGUCAGAAGCGCGAACAAUUUUGCAAACGAUUAAGCAAUGCAAUUGUCCAUAGUGCAAUAAAUCCAAGUCAACCAGAAGAUUCUCAAUGUACGCCAUUGCGAGAAUCGAUCACAAAAUUAGAAAGUACAAUAGCGUAUUUGAAUUCGGAAAUCUCCUCGUGUCAACAAGUGCUAAUGACUUAUGAUGAUGAAAAUGAAGCUAACGAACUAAUUCAAGGACCUGAUCCACAAUUGAUUGUUGAUUGUGUGACGGAUGUUGACGAACUUCGAUAUUUAUUAACGAAAUUGAUUGAGCAAACAAUUGAGAAAGGCUUUGAAGCAGAUGAAGCCAAUGAAUUGAUGUCCUAUGUUGGUCUAGUCGAAACAAUGCUAGUAGAAAAGGAAGGUACGAAACAAGCAGCAACACGCACGAAAAAGGCUAUUAAACGUACCUACGACGACGACUCAAUGGACACCACACCUGUUCCUGAAGGAUCACCGUCAUCGACGACAGUCGUCCUUCGACCUCUAUCCAAUACUUUCAAUGUAUCCGAGUCGAUAUGCGCUGAUUAG